CUCGUGAUCAGAGACCUGGAGUACACCCCCGUCGGCAGCGGCGCGAAGAUCUUGACCGGGCGCACGAGCCUGUCGCUGUCGCCGCGAGGGCUGUGCCUCCUCGUCGGUCGAUCAGGGCACGGCAAGUCCACGCUCCUCACGCUCGUCAGGCGCGUUCGUAUUCACACUGGUCCCCAUACGACCGCCGGCCUCGCGGAGCCGACGGGGGGGGUCAUAACGUUCAGCGACCUGCCGUUAGAUGAUCACUUGCCGUCCGCGUUACGGAACGCGCGCGUGGGGAUCGUGUUUCAGUUCCCGGAGCGGCACUUCCUCGGCCGGACCGUCCUCUCGGAGCUCACGUUCGGAUGGCCGACCAAGGCGGAGUACUACCCGCGAAGACGAGAGCUCGCGACGCGGAUGCAAUCCGCGCUCGAAGCCGUCGGCAUGCUCGACGUUCCCCUCGACACCGAAGUCCGCUCCCUAUCCGGGGGGUACAAGCGCAGGCUCGCGCUCGCGAUACAGCUCGUCCGCGACCCGCACGUGCUGUGCCUUGACGAACCGCUCGCGGGGUUGGACUGGAAAGCGCGAGCGGACGUCGUGGCGCUGCUCGACGCGCUCAGGUAUGACUGGUCC